GUCAAUUUCUAAAUUUCUUUACGUGAGUGUAGGAUCACACCCCUUUGCAAGAUACAAAGCACCUCUUCUAUCGCGCUUUUGGUGCUUAAUCCCUUCUCUUCGUACCAUUGGUCUCUUUCAACUGCGGCCAGUUUGAUUUUGCAACAUGAAGCUUCAUUUUCUCGCACUCGCUUUCGGUCCUGUGGCGACUCUCGCAACCACGAACACAAAUUCUUCAGCUUCAGUAAUGUCCCGAGUAUUGUUCAAUCCAGCGAGUGUUGGGAUCCCGAGCUUGAGUAGUGCAGAAGCGGCUCAACUUCAAGCAUUAAAUCACCAGAGCGGAGGAUGGAAUAGUUGCCAGCUUGCUUGCUCCAUACUCUCAAUCAUCAUCCCCUUCAACGUCUCUCUCUCCAGCUCACCAACCUACACACCAAUACCCUACUGGUCCGCGCAACAAGCGGCCCUCAUCCCCACAUGCCGGGCGGACGUCUCCUAUGCCACUGAAAUCUCAACCGUGCUCCAGAUUGCGAAACUCACGUCCUGUCCCUUCACCGUAAAAUCUGGGGGUCACGCUGCUUUUGCCGGCGGCUCCAGCAUCCAAGAUGGGAUCCUGAUUAAUCUGGCGAAGAUGAAUGAGGUUACUUUGAGUAAGGAUCGCCAGACGACGAGGGUUGGACCGGGGAAUGUGUGGAGUGGUGUUUAUAAGGUAUUGGGUUCGUUGGGUGUUAGUGUUGUUGGGGGAAGGGAAGCUGGGGUAGGUGUAGGUGGGUUGACGCUGGGUGGUGGGAUAUCUUAUUUCUCUGGCCGCUACGGUUGGGCCUGUGACAACGUUGCUAACUACGAAAUCGUCCUCGCAAACGGCAGCAUCGUCAACGCCUCCAGAUCUUCUCACCCAGACCUCUACUGGGCACUCCGAGGAGGUGGCGGUUCCAACUUCGGCAUCGUGUCAGCAUUCGACCUCAUGACCUUCGAUCAAGGACCUCUCUGGGGCGGAAGCAGGAUCUACGAAAUGAAAUACAACGCCUCCCUCGCCGACGCAUUCUCGAAUUUUGUCACAAAUGCACCAAAUGACGAUUUCGCUCAUCUGUACUUGGCAUUUGCCUAUGUACCGACGUUUGGAGGCUUUCUAACGAUUACCGGACCGACAUAUGGCAAGCCAAUUGCAAACGCGAGUAUCUUUGCGGAGCUCGACAGGAUCCCACCAGUCGACGGGGGUGAUUUUACGGGGGUGCAGAACAUGACAGCAUUAAGCAUCGCUCUGAAUCAGACUACUUUUUCUAGGGAAACGUUCAAGACCGUGACAUUCAAAAAUGACGCUACGCUCAUCAAAGACGUGAUACAGAUCUUCGUCGAAGAAGCAGCGCCACUGCUGAAUAUAUCUGGUUUCGCACCGGCAUUUGCAGUCCAACCUCUUUCUUUGAAUAUCAUUGAGAAAAUGGCUAUGAAUGGAGGGAAUGCUCUCGGUCUCUCAACCGAUGAGGGACCUUUGACUAUAAUGAACCUAAACUGGGGUUGGAACCUCACCUCUGAUGACGACGCUGUCUACGCAGCAAUCGACCGCUUCGUCUCCCGCAGCGUCGAGCUCGCGAGAAAGAGAGGACUGGAUAAUAGGUUCAUUUACAUGAAUUAUGCGAGUCGGGAACAGGAUGUUUUUAGUGGGUAUGGGGAGAAUAGUGAGAGGAGGUUGAGAGGCGUGAGGAGGAUGUAUGAUGAAGAAAAUGUUUUUGGGGAGUUGUGGAGAGGGUAUUUUAGGUUGGAUUGAGAGUAAUGAGUUAGUAAAUAAUAAGACGCUUUUGAAACGAACGAUUCUAUCCUGCCUUGUUUCUGUAAGGCUGUGGCUGAAAGGUACUUCCUGUUGGGUUAGCUAGUGGGGAAGCAAAAGUAGAGGCUCGUAAAGGAAUUGAAAAAUGCUCCGC